GAAGCCACACUGCAUCUUACUCCAUACCCUUUUGCUUUCUUUAUCCAAUAAUAAUAACCCCCUUUUCCCUCCUUUUUCUUCUUUCCUUUCCCCUAUUCUUCAGCCCCUUUCUUUAUUUUCCUCAACGCUUUAAUGGACUUAUAAGAACCCCCACGAGUGCUUCAAUUCUCACCCACCCAACUUCCCUGCUCUGCUCUAGUCGGACACAUAAAACUAUUCUUACUAUAUUCAUAUACAGAGAAGAAGUAGGGCGUGGUCGAAUGGAGAAACUGAAUUUUGUGAAGAAUGGGGAGCUCAGAUUGCCUCCGGGCUUCCGUUUCCACCCAACCGACGAGGAAUUGGUUGUGCAAUACUUAAAGCGCAAGGUUUUCUCCUUCCCUUUGCCAGCCUCCGUCAUUCAUGAGUUUGAUGUUUGCAAGUCUGAUCCUUGGGAUUUGCCAGGUGAUUUAGAGAAAGAGAGGUACUUCUUCAGCACCAAAGAGCCCAAAUAUCCUAACGGCAACCGCUCCAACAGAGCCACCAGUUCAGGUUACUGGAAGGCCACUGGGUUGGACAAACAAAUUUUAACUUCAAAAGGGAACCAAGUAGUGGGAAUGAAGAAGACACUUGUUUUCUACAGAGGAAAGCCACCUCAUGGAUCCAGAACCGAUUGGAUCAUGCAUGAGUAUCGCCUCCUUAACCCUCCGUCUCAGGUUCCCAUGGAAAACUGGGUUCUGUGUCGCAUAUUUUUGAAGAGGAGAAGUGGUUGUAGAAACGGGGAGGAGAAGGAGAUGGAGAGUUUGAGAGGCAGAGUGGAUAACCGGAAGGUGAGGAAGUUGAAGAUGGUGUUUUAUGACUUUUUGGCGCAGAAGAAGACUGAUUGCUCAUCUUCUGCCGGCAGUGGAAUUACCCAUGAAUCAGAUGAGAAUGAAGAGAGUAGUAGCUCCAACACCUUCCCUUAUGUUAGAAGAAAACCUUGAGUCCCUUCACUUAUUUCUAGCACUACUACUUGUUUUACAACCAUCUCAGAUCAACCUAAGCUUUGCCUCUUUCUUUUAUUGUCUUUCCCUGUAAUUAUCUUUUCAUUUUCAACCGGCACUAAGGGUAGUCUAUGUCUGGAGAGUAUGCUACUAAAACUAGUGUGUAAUCCAGUUCUUAUUUUUACUUCAA